AGAUGUGCAACUUGUGCCAAACGUCCACUGCACGUAACACCGAGCGUUUUAAGUCGGUCACACCUGACUUCAUCAUCAGUGUCAAACAGGAGAGUAUUGGGGACACUAGGUGGGUAAAGAUUAUGUAACAGUGGGAAAAGCAGGCCCGCAGACUGCACACUGCUCAGGUGUUGUUUAGGGGAGGGGUCUGCCUUAUAAAAGUGUGCACUACGAUCAACCUUGUUUCCACAGGCACAAUGGGGAAGCUGGAAAUAUUGGUAGCUGUAGCUGUGUUUCUGGAGACGGUCUCUGCGGCCUCCCUCGGGACGGUUCACACAGAGGGAGGGAUGGUGGAGGGCGAGAAAAUCCGUCUUGGGUUGUUUCGUUCCAUGGAUGUCUUCAGGGGGAUUCCCUUUGCUGACGUCCCUCAGAGGUUCCAGAAACCACAGCGUCACCCUGGCUGGGAUGGUGUCCUGAGGGCCACUGAGUUCAGGAACAGAUGCAUGCAGGUGAACCUCCUCAUGAGUGACACCAGAGGCACCGAGGACUGUCUAUACCUCAACAUCUGGGUUCCUCACGGCAGCUCAGUAUCCUCAGGUCUGCCUGUCAUGGUCUGGAUCUAUGGAGGAGGCUUCCUGGCUGGAGGCUCCAUGGGUGCUAACUUCCUGGAUAACUACCUGUAUGAUGGGCAGGAGAUCUCAGACAGAGGAAAUGUCAUUGUGGUGACACUGGGAUACCGUGUGGGAACUCUGGGCUUUCUGAGCACUGGGGACUCUGAGAUGCCUGGAAACUAUGGGCUCUGGGACCAGCAGGCUGCCAUUGCGUGGGUGCACAGGAACAUCCGUUCAUUUGGAGGAGACCCUGACAAUAUCACCCUCUUUGGAGAGUCAGCAGGUGGAGCUAGUGUCAGCUUCCAGACUAUCACUCCCCACAACAAAGGAAUGAUCAGGAGAGCCAUCUCCCAGAGCGGGGUCGCUACCUGCCCAUGGGCCAUCAACAAAAACCCCCGGAAAUAUGCUGAGGAGAUCGCCCUGAAGGUCAACUGCCCCACUGAUGACUCGAUGGCUGCCUGUCUGAAGUUGGCAGAUCCUGAGGCUCUCACCCUGGCUGGCAGUCUCAGCAUUGUUAGCUCACCUGAUAAUCCAAUUGUGAACAACCUGCUCCUGUCUCCUGUGGUGGAUGGCGACUUCCUGCCUGAUAUGCCUCAUAACCUGUUCCACAACGCUGCUGAGAUCGACUACAUCGCUGGAGUCAACGACAUGGAUGGACACAUCUUCACUGGUUUGGAUGUUCCUUCAAUCAACUCUCACCUGGUGGACACACCUGUCGGGGAUGUGAAGAGGCUCCUGUACUCAUAUGUGAAGGACUAUGGUCCUCUUGCUUUAGACAAUGCCUACGACACAUACACCGCAACCUGGAGUGCAAAUCCUAACAAGGAGACCAUCAAGAGAACCAUUGUAGAAAUUGGAACAGACUACAUCUUCCUGGUUCCCACCCAGGCUGCCCUCUAUCUUCACGCUACACACGCCACAACGGGACGCACCUACUCCUACCUCUUCUCUGAGCCCAACCGUAUGGGCGGCAUCGGCAGACCCUACCCCAGCUGGAUGGGAGCCGACCACGCUGAUGACCUGCAGUAUGUCUUCGGAAAGCCUUUCACCACGCCGCUGGGGUACUGGCCAAGCCACCGUACUGUCUCCCGCUACAUGAUGAAUUACUGGACCAACUUCGCCAAAACUGGGAACCCCAAUGAAGGAGAGAACGUGCCCGCUACCUGGCCUGAAUUCACCAUCAACCAUUAUUACCUGGAAAUCAACGCUGAUACAGACAAGGACUAUGUGAGACAACAGCUGAGAAUGCCUUAUGUCAAAUUCUGGACCAGUGUCCUUCCCAACCUUCCUGUCAUCUCAGAGUAAAUAAUCUUUAACACUUUAAACAUCACAUCAGCAAUGGAUCCUGAAAAAAUAAACAGUCAAAGAACA